UUCUCACCUAACGUUAUUGUGGUUCUUGUAUUUAGUAGACCUCUAUUUUCUGAAUUGAGCUUGACUGCGUGGUUGCCACUUUGAGGGUUCAAGGUCUUGAAAUUAUGUUGGGUAUAUUUCCGCUCAGAUCCGGUUCCUUUCCUCAUUUUCAUUGUUUUUUCUACUCGUCGUUAGACAACUUAUCACGUCAAGCAAUUCCCUGAUUACUUCUUGUUGCUGCCGCAUUUUGACUUUUGAUGGUUAGUGCAUUUUCAAAGAAAACCAAAUAAUGUAUACCUAAAUUUCGUAUGUAUCAAUUAUGCUGAAGAACAUGAAACCUAAAGCAGCUUUGGAGUUAACGAUUAGUGGAAGAAGUUUUCCAUGUUUAAAUCAUCUUCUUCCUUUCUUCACUUAGUUUCAUUGCAUUCCUCUUCCAAAGUUCAACAACGGUUGGUGUUGCCAAGAGUCAUAGUAGAUAACGAGAAUGAGUCAACAUUAUUGUCCUAUUAUUUGAUGUAAUCAAUAAUAAACUGUCUUUUUGUACAUUUCAUUUCAACCCGAAAUCAAAUAAAAAGGACAAUAUUUGUAAUUUUUUGACAAGAUCGUAUGUAAACAUAACUUUUUGUUAUAAAACUUUAUCAACAUGCUCCCUCAAUCUUCUUAUGCUAUUAAAUAUGAUAUAAUAAUAUUUUCUUUAUACUUGUGAGUGUAAAAUUUAUUCCAAGUAGGGCUGAAUUUUUUAGCAUAUUUUGUAAUUUAUGGCUAAAUCUUUUAAGAAUGGUUUGAAAUUCAUGAAAUGUUUUGCAAGAUAAUUCUGGAUUUGAUAUUCUUGAUCAAUUUACUCAAUGCUUGGGCAGUAAACCAAGGGAGGAAAGAGAAAGUAGAACCUUAGAGAUACUGGGAGAUGAAUGAAGAAGUUAGUAAGAGAAAUAGUACACGAGGAAUUCAAAUGCAUGGUUGAUGAUUUAUUCAACAUUACAUAUGAUUGAACUAUUAUGUUGUCAAAAGUGGGCUUCAAACUUCUGGGGCAGAAAGGUAUUCACAAAUUUGUUUUCUCUUACUGUUUUACUUGUCAUGACAUUCAGCUCUAUCUUUUCAUUAUAUCUAUACUCCCGAUUAUCAUACAGAAUUUAAAUUGGAAAGAACAGUUGAUAAUCCAGCACCUCAAACCGAUUUUGACGAAAGAGGUGGUUGAUUUAAUAUCUGCAAGCCAACGUGAGAUGGGACAGUGGAGCCUUGAUUAUCUCAGAACACACCAUGUAUCUUCAUGGCAAGUUGAUGGAGCUGGUUAUGCUUAUGUUGAUAAUUCAACUUUGACAGAGAUACCUCAAAAUGCUUCAAGGAUCGAAAAAAGAAAUUCUGCAAAAUUUGACAAUGAUGCCAGGGUUGGUUCUUUGUGGACUAAGGAUAAAGAUACUAAACAUUCUUCAGAUGGACACGGACAUGUUGACUCAGCUGUGAAAAUUGUUCUAAGGCAACUACGAGAGAAGAGAAGAGACAAGAGAGCAAUGGAAUUGCUUAAGCAGGAUGGCGAGGCAUUGGUUAGACUUGAAAAUGCUGCUAUUGAACGUUCAAAAAUAGUGGAUUCUGCAAUCCUGGGAAAAUAUAGUAUAUGGAGGCGAGACAGCGAAAAUGAAAAUCCAGAUUCAACUGUUAGGUUGAUGCGUGACCAAAUAAUCAUGGCUAGGGUCUACAUCGAACUUGCUAAAUCAAAGAACAGGCUUGAUCUUUAUCAGGAACUGCUGACUCGCAUCAAGGAAAGCCAACGUUCAGUGGGGGAGGCCAAUACUGAUGCUGACCUCCAUCAUAGUGCUGAUAAAAUCAAAGCAAUGGGUCAAGUCUUGUCAAGAGCUAGAGAGGCAUUAUAUGACUGCAAAACAGUGAUUCAAAGGCUUAGAGUGAUGCUUCAAUCUGCAGAUGACCAAGUUAGGAGUUUGAAGAAGCAGAGCGCAUUCCUUAGCCAGUUGGCUGCAAAGACAAUUCCUAACGGGAUCCACUGCUUGUCUAUGCGCCUCACUAUAGACUACUACCUCCUUCCUAUAGAGAAAAGGGUGUUUCCGCGGAGUGAAAAUCUGGAAAGUCCAAACCAUUACCAUUAUGCCCUCUUCUCUGAUAACGUCUUAGCUGCAUCUGUAGUUGUAAAUUCAACAAUCAUGAAUGCUAAGGAACCAGAGAAACAUGUCUUUCAUCUAGUGACUGAUAAAUUGAACUUUGGAGCAAUGAACAUGUGGUUUUUGUUAAAUCCGCCUGGCAAUGCAACUAUUCAUGUAGAAAAUGUUGAUGAUUUCAAAUGGUUGAACUCUUCGUAUUGUCCAGUUUUGCGGCAGCUUGAAUCUGCUGCCAUGAAAGAGUACUAUUUUAAGGCUGAUCAUCCAACAACUCUAUCAGCAGGUUCUUCCAAUUUAAAAUACAGAAACCCAAAGUAUCUGUCUAUGCUGAAUCAUCUCCGGUUCUACCUCCCAGAGGUUUAUCCCAAGUUGGAUAAAAUUCUAUUUCUUGAUGAUGACAUUGUUGUUCAGAAGGAUCUGACUCCAUUAUGGUCUGUAGACCUUAAAGAAAAUGUCAAUGGUGCAGUGGAGACAUGUGGUGAGAGUUUCCAUCGCUUUGACAAAUAUCUGAAUUUCUCAAAUCCUCAUCUUGCCCGUAACUUUGAUCCCAAUGCAUGCGGAUGGGCUUAUGGGAUGAAUGUGUUUGAUCUCAAACAAUGGAAGAAGAAAGAUAUAACUGGUAUAUAUCACAAGUGGCAAAAUAUGAAUGAAGACAGAGUUUUGUGGAAGCUUGGGACACUCCCUCCAGGACUUUUGACAUUCUAUAAACUGACAUAUCCUCUGGACAAAUCAUGGCAUAUACUAGGCUUGGGUUAUAAUCCUAGCAUUGAUCCCUCAGAGAUACAAAAUGCUGCUGUGAUCCAUUACAAUGGAAACAUGAAACCUUGGUUGGAGUUGGCAAUGACUAAAUACCGGCCAUACUGGACCAAGUACAUUAAAUAUGAUCAUCCUUAUAUUAAGGGCUGCAAAUUAAUACAGUAGGAUAAAAUUCAGUUUGAAAAGCGCUCUCUUGCCUGAGAUGUUAAGAUGGAGAAUGAAAUAUUCCCCUUCCAGUGUAAAUGUCCACAUGCUAUUUUUUUCCCCUCAGACAAUUGGAGAUUCUCCAGUGCUGAAACAUAUACUAACUGUGAUGGCAGGAGAAGUACAGUUUCUUUGACUCUCUUUUUUCAUAAAUUUUUUCCCCAAUGUACUCUGUGUGAAAAAUUUUCCUGGGAAAUUAUUUUUAUAUUGAUUGUGCAGACUUUUACUUGAGAUUCA